GAGGCGACAGGGAUAAAUCACAAAUUCCUUGCGCGGCAUACGACAGAUCAAAGUCUACAACAUGCCUCGCAGCCUGGUGAUUUUAAUCUUCCGAAAAAAUCCACGCCGCUUGCGGAAUGGCCCAUGUGGAGUCUGCCGCCUCCUGACGCUUCUGAAACUGGACAUCGAUGGCGUCACUCGAGUGGACUGCACCCUUCCGUUGUCGGUAAUAAAACUGGGGGACAAAGUAACUGGCAGUUUUGGAAUCAACCUUCGAGGGAGAUAAAUAGCUCAAAUUUUAAUCCACAAGAACAAAAGUUGUUUAAUCGUAUUGAUCCGUGGUUUGCAAGUGGCGCGGAGGCGUUAACUGGUCUCAGAAUAUCCGAUAGCCUUCAAGCCACAAAUGGCACCAUAUCUGGUAGCUUAUUUAACACACAUGCUGCGAUGGCAAGCGCUCACGAACCCAAGUGGCGUUACACGGCCAAUAAUUCUUAUGGGUCGCAUUUAAAUAGUCCCACUUAUGGUGGACUUCCUGUGCGCGAUGAGCCACCUGUAUCAAGGUUGCCUACAGUAAAAUCGCAUGCGCCCGUGGUAUGUCCCAGCGUCACCACCCCAGUCAUGGAGUUGCAGCCUACUGCAAGUGUAACAUCUCAGAGUGUACCUUUAUACAGCUAUCAAUCCAGUGUGUUGGCUGAAAAUUUGCAAGAACGUUUCAUGGAGCCUUCCAAACCCAAUUCUUUUACAGAAAACCAAGGACCUGUUCGUCCUAUCGUUUCAUCUGCUUCAAGAAUAGAAGAUCAGAGAGCUGGUACUGAGGAAUCAUCACUGGAAUUCCCGGAUGACCCUUCACUUGCUGCACUGGAACGCAAGGUAGCGGAGGCAUGCGCAGUAGUUGAAAGGGUUAUGAAAGAACGCGAAGAAAGAACAAAAGCGCAGCGUGAGGCAGCGAGGAAGAAAAGAGAAAUGAGAGAACAAAGAGAAAGAGAGGCAAGAAAAAUGAGGGAAAGAGAAGAAAGAGAAAGGAAAGAGAGAAAAAUGAGAGAAAGGCAAGAGAGAGAAAUAAAGGAAAGAGAAGAAAGAGAAAGGAGAGAAAGAGAAGAAAGAGAAAGGGAGGAGAAAAAAAUGAAAGAAAGGCAAAAGAGAGAAAUAAAGGAAAGAGAAGAAAGAGACAGAAGAGAACAGAUUGAAAAUGAAGACAGGGAUACAAGGUGGUUUGGGGGAGAACGGGCACCGGUUCAAGAGAGCCCGCGAUGGCAGUGCGAGCAUUAUCAGCGGCGUUGCCUCGUGAAUUUUCCUUGUUGUGGAAUCUUCUACCCGUGUCACCGCUGUCACAAUUCAUCGGGGGCGUGUGAUACUGAUGACAGGAAGGCAAAUAAUGCGACGCAUGUCAAGUGUGGCAUCUGUGGACACGAAGAAGAGGUUAGUGGCCUUGUUUUUACGGUUAUUCCAAUGAAUUGCUUUGCGCAUUCUUGCUGCGCAUAAAUACACGCUUGAUUAUCGCGCACAUGAAAAAUAGCGGCUUUUGCUGUAAGGUUGGAGUUCGCAAGAGGUAAAUCUUCAUUUAUCUCUUAAACGAGUAUGGCCUCCUAUCAUUUUUCUUUCCCUUAUUAAAUUGAGUGGCAACUUUCUUUCUGUAGGUGUCAGACAAAAGAAAACAAUGGUCGGAAACGUGUGUACAGCCGCCCCACUCUCCUCUCCGAUUUUUCUGAGGGGGAGGGGCAGCUGUACACAGGUUACAGAAAACACGGUCAAAUUUUCUUGUACUUGUAAAUAUUGUUUAAGUGAUGUUGUAAGGAAUUUAAGGUGCUGCUGCUCCUAAACGAUAAUUGAACGCUCCUCCCUCCACACCGUUGUUGUCUUCAUAACAUUAUCAAAAGCCUGGCUACAUAGACAACUAAUCGGCAAAGUUUGACAAAAUUCUAUUUCAGAGGAAUGACCUUUUAAAAAUAUAGACUUAGUCUGUGACAAUUAAAUCUCAACAGUGAUGACUAGUGCAGAUAUGCUCUUGGAAAGAUCAGGAGGAUAUGCACUUUUGUAAGAGAGCGUAUCACUUAGUGUACAACUCACAGUGUUUCAUACUGUACUUCAAGUUAUUUUAGGACUUGUCAAAACUAACUGUUCAUUUUCUGUCUGUCUCUCUCUCCUUUUGUAAAAUUUAGAUCAAUGAGGGAAGUCAGCAUUGCAACAGCUGCGGCGAACAAAUGUCAGCGUAUUUCUGUUUCAUAUGCAAACAUUUUACCGGGGUGGAAAAGAACCCAUUUCACUGCGAUAAAUGUGGUAUUUGCCGGUAAGUUAUUGCGGAUAAGGAGUAGAUAAUUAUUCAGUUAUAACCAUUUUAAAAAACUAUUUCUUUAGCUCUCUCCUUUAGACGUCGAUUCAGAACGAACACAAAAUUUGCCAUCUCUUCUUAAAGUAUCCAGACUAUAUUCAGAGGACACAAGGGACAGGUUAAGACACAUUCAGUUUUUCUUCUUGGUUGCGGUUAGUUUUGUAGAGGCCUUGGUUGAUGGUCUGAAAAACC